UGAAUAGAAGCCAAAACUCUGGACUGGUUUUAUGAAUCGGGCAUGAAGGACCGCAUAGACCAUCUCACUGAUGGAAGAUAUUUCCGACACUAUUGAGGCUCGAAUGUGGAGGGUCUCCUUAGCGGUUUCAAGACUGUUUUUUGCCACCUGGUGUCUACCACUGUCCUUCAGGAUUCUAUCCAAGGUGAACUCUAUUCCAAACCAUGAACCAGUCACAAACAUUUGAUUGGGGGACUGUCAACGCCAGCGGAUUUAUAUUGAAUACAACUGAGCAUCACCCUUGCCCACUGGGUUUUGGCCACUACAAUUCAGUGGACAUAUGCAUCCUGGAAACCACAAUAAUUGUGCUGCUAACCUUUUUGAUCAUCACUGGUAACUUGACUGUCAUCUUCGUCUUUCAUUGUGCCCCACUCCUGCAUCAUUACACCACUAGUUAUUUCAUUCAAACCAUGGCAUAUGCAGACUUGCUGGUUGGAGUUAGUUGUUUGGUGCCCACCUUAUCUUUGCUACAUUACUCCACAGGAGUCCAUGAAUCCCUGACUUGUCAAGUGUUUGGAUACAUCAUUUCAGUCCUGAAAAGUGUCUCCAUGGCUUGUUUGGCCUUUAUCAGUGUGGACCGGUACCUGGCCAUUACUAAACCUCUGUCCUACAACCAGUUGGUCACCCCAUGCAGACUGCGCCUCUGCAUUGUACUGAUAUGGAUUUAUUCCUGUUUGAUCUUCCUACCAUCUUUCUUCGGCUGGGGUAAACCUGGCUACCACGGGGACAUCUUCGAGUGGUGUGCCAUUGCUUGGCACACCAGUGCCUACUUCACCGCUUUCAUUGUGUGCCUGCUCUAUGCUCCAGCAGCACUAGUUAUAUGUUUUACAUACUUUCACAUCUUCCGUAUUUGUCGCCAACACACCAAAGAAAUGAGUGACCGCCGCGCUCGCUUUCCCAGCCAUGAAGCUGAAUCAACUGGGGAAGCUGGGCCUGCUCACAGCCCGGAUCGACGGUACGCCAUGGUUUUGUUCCGGAUAACCAGCGUUUUCUACAUGCUUUGGCUACCGUACAUAAUUUAUUUUCUGUUGGAAAGUUGGAGGGCGCUGUCAAAUCCGGCCCUGUCUUUUCUCACCACCUGGUUGGCCAUAAGCAAUAGUUUCUGUAACUGUGUCAUUUACAGCUUAUCCAACAGUGUUUUCCGCCUCGGUCUUAGGAGGCUGUCUGAAACAAUCUGUUCACCGUGUAUGUGUUCUAAAGACAAAAAAGAUCGGGACCCUAAGCCCCGAAAGCGUGCUAACUCAUGUUCUAUUUAAAAUGAUUGCUGUGACAAUCAUGAGCUGGUACCGCCUCUGCACAGGCCCGGGGAUGCUGCUUUCUCAGAACCAUCUACAAACAAAUAUAUAUAAAAUGAUUUCAGCACCUCAUUUUGACUACAUUGUUUGAGUUGUUGAUUUGCAAUGGAAAUGGGAACCAGGAAACUCUGAUGAGAGUGGAGAGACAAAGAGCACACGAUUCUAUGCCCUGCUGUCAAAAAUGAGUCAUCCUAUCAGCUGGGGGGAAGAAAAUAUCAAAGAGAAGGUGUCAGAUAGGUUAAGAUUAGCUAAUUAAUGCAGAUAUUCUGCAGAAAUAUCAGAUAAUACAAUAAAGGUCACUUCCUCUCUCGUUCCCUGGCAAAAUAGAAUGUCUUCAUUGCCUUGCCGAGGAUAAUAAAAAGAUCAUUGCCCACCGCAAGGCUCACGUUACUAAAUACAGUACCGCUGUGUAACCACAGUCAUUACAAACUAUUCCUUAGCCUGAAGGUGACCAAAUUGCUGUUUUUAUUUAUUUUGUUUUUAAAUGUAACUUUAUGAAUAUGUGUUACCUGAGCGCAAAGUUAAGUGGCUGUCAAACCACAUGGGAGUUUACAAAGAGCGUGUGCAAUAUAAAGAGGUGUUCCGUCAAAAUAUAUGUGCCUCUGAAUACUUUGCCCUCCAAUAUUAGCCUCUUGACCCCCUUGACUUGAUUUUUUUUGACACUACUUACCAACAAAAGCUGCUACUUUUUGAUGUGUAUUUUAAUUUCUUUUGUUCAAGUAUGCCCAACAUUGAUUGCUUAGCCUUGAUGUUGGCAAUCACUGUCUCCUUUAACAUGCUACGGUAAUUAAGUGUUUAGCACAUGUCCAAUGUACAUCUGUAGUCAUGUAUGCUUUGUGUAUAUAUUGAUUGCAUUGAUAAAGAGAUGUGGCUCUGGUUUCCAAGUAGAGGCUUUGCAUUCCUGGCCACCUAGACAUGUUAUCGAGCCUUUUGUCAGACGAGGCAGCUGGCAGUGGCUCCUUCCAGAAUUAGCAGCAGCGACCUUUUUUUUUUUCCUUUCCAGAACAAUUGGUGAUCACACCACCCAUGGAAAAAAUAGAAUCUGCUAGGGGUACCAUAUUUCUGCUAUACGUUUUACUCUGUCAUCAUCCUAUAGCACAUCUAGCUUGCUGCUGUGUUUUUUUCCCCUGUUCCAUGUGCAGUUUCACUGUGCACAGUAUAUAUUUAAUAAUAAAAAGUAAUCUAUAUAUGUAA